UCAGCUCUCCCAGGCCAUCGGUCUACAUCACACCCCAAAGACACACACAGACACACCGUCCAACCACGCCCGCAUGGUGGCGCCUGCACAUAGGGAUGCAUAGCGUGUCAACCUUACCGAUAUGUGGGGUGUUCAGGGAGAAAAGAAAGAGAAGGGGCCCCACUUCAAGCGUUCUGUCGUUGACCACCGGCGCAAGCACGACAGCAUGGUGGCCUGCAUAGAUACAGGGGACAUCCGGAGUACAUGGUGCCGUCUGCCUCUCUGGCUGAUAGAUAUACGCACCGGGAUGUUGUUCCGCUGGCCGAUGGCCAUCAGCGGUCUGGCCAUGCCCUCUGCGCAUGCAGCCACGUCGCCCUCACUGAGGCCGUCUGCCUCUGCAAUGCAUCCGGCGGAAGGCCGGCUACACACAGGAUACACCGUACACACACACCGUCCUCUCCCGCUCGCCCCAUCACUCACCGGCGGAAGGCCGGCUACACACAGGAUACACCGUACACACACACCGUCCUCUCCCGCCCGCCCCAUCACUCACCCAACCAUCGAAACAGUCCCCACUGGAAUCGCUCCCCGCUCGACCAUCGGGCGAGGCAGGCCUUCAUGGUGGGCUGCACACACGUGCACAUCGCACACAGACAGACAGACACACAGACAGACAGAUGCAUCCAUGUGCCAUGCAUGGUGCUGCCUGUUCGGCUGGCGUGUGUACGGGGAUGAGGUCUCGCUGGCCGAUGGCCAUCAGCAGUCUGGCCAUGCCCUUGACACACUGAACAACGUCCUCCUCGCUCAAUCGGCUCGCCUCUCCCAAAGCGUCGGUCUACAUUACACCCCACAGACAUCGCGAGUGCAUGGUGUAUAUACGCACCGCGAUGUGGUUUCGCUGGCCGAUGGCCAGCAGCACUUUUCCGAUGUCUUCCGUGCAUUCGAACACUUCGUCCUCGUUCAGGCCGCUGGCCUCUGCCAAUCCCUCAUUCUACAUCCACACCACACAAGACGACACACACACAUCCAUCCAUGUCUCGCACCCAUCCAGCCCAGUCCAGUCGCGUUUGUUGUAGUCAUAGUCAUCGGCGUCGAUCGUGUAGUGGGCGAGAAUGAGCGACACGUACGCCACCUGAUCGGUCGAUUGCACGCACUCAGGUACAUGGGGGUGGUUGAGAGUGAGCUGUCGAUCGAACUGACCAGCGAGAGGUGCGGCUGGUCCGUGCCGGGCAGGUACUCGUCGCCUGAAUUGAUUACAAAGAGAGAGGAGAGAGAAAGGGGCAGCUGUAUGGUGUGUCCAUGUCGCUUCCCCUCUCUCUCUCUCCGUGUGUGUGAACUCACUGAGGUAGGUGAACUGGUCCAUGAUGUCCGUCGCCAGGCAGAGGUACUUGUCGUCGAGGCGCAUGACGUUGGCGGCGUCAAAUAACCUCUCGACAGCCAUGCCGCGAGUGCCGGCGUUCCACCACUCCGAGCGACUCGACACAUACUCGCGCGGCAGCACAAACGCCUAAGGGCACACGUCACACCACAUCACACAGCAGCACAGUUCAGUUGGUUGUGUGUGUUGAUGCGCCGGGUGCUAUGGCCGUAGGUCAGUGAAUGGGAUGUCCGUACCUUGACUUGGGGUAUGCAGAUUUCCUCGCCGCCCUUCUCGGCAGCCGCCAUCUCUUCGUCCAGGGCACGUGGCGCCACCAUCUGCUGCUGGGCGGGCUCAGGCGGCAGAGCAGAAAGCGAUUGUGCGAAAGCGAUUCUGUCUGGGACUGUCCGUGCGAAAGCGAUUCUCGACGAUCCGAGCUCGUUUUUUGAGGUUGGGUUUUGGCGGAUUUUGGUAGUGAG